CGCCUGGCGGCGUUAAAUGCAUUGUUUGUUCAGGAUGCAUAGCAGCGCGUAAGUAGGUUGCGGCUUACGUGAUGGGCUUCUGCUGGGUUGCGAGUGUUGUGGCGUUAAGUGACAUAGAGGACCCCUUCUGCGCCACGCCGCGCUGGGAACUGUACCAUCAGCGCUUGUGUCGGUCUUCGACUUUGAUACGCGUUACACACACGCUUUUCCAUCGCACGCCAGACCCGAAGCUCUGCCCGGCCGUAAGCUCUUGGCCAGCCGCGGGGCGCCACAACAAUUUUUGACCUCGACUGACAAACUCGGCAUAUAGGGGAAUUCAUCCUCUGGCCUUCGCUUCCAACUUCAUCCAUCUUACUCUGGCCUCGUCUCGGCGAUUACUCGUCAGCAGAUCACUGUCUCUACGUCGCUUAGGCUUUCACGCACACACGCAGACACACACCGUCGCGUCGGCACAUGAUCAGCCUAAUCACCCUAACCUCCCUCCCCUCCGUCGCUCCUUUUCUUCUUCCUUCCCCUGGGUCUGUUUGCCGCUGCCCGCACCGAUACGGCGUAGCGCCUUUUCUGUUAUCCCCCACCCCCCGCUUCACCGGAGCACGCCGAGGGAGCCAAGGAAUAUCAAAGGCUGCAACCACUUUGCAGCUCAGCACCCGCCGCCUGCAUGUCCGUCUACCUACCUUGACUACUGGGUGGGGGACGAAUUAGGUGUGAAGUUCGGCGUCGCACAGCGUCACGCUGGGAGUCGGACCUAACUAACAGUGAUGGACCCCGCCUGUUGACCAUAAUGGCCCCAUUGCCGUUCCUGAACCUCUCCGGCUUGCGUCUUCGGGACUUGUCUGGCCAGCGGGCAUGGCUCCCGUCAUCGAACGUUCAAAUCACAACUGUGGUCAUUUGAGAUGUCAAGGUGAAGUCAUCCCAUAAAGCGUCAUCGUGAAAAUGCCAAAAAUCGUCAUUCGUAAGUACCUAGGAGUCUGUCGUCAUAGUAAACCUCUAUAUAUGGCCGUAGUAAACCGCUCGCUCGCUCGU